AAAGUUUCAUAUCUUCUCACAAAAGCAGAUGCAGAGAUGGUCAGUCCCUUCCUCUUCAAUCUAAUCACAUUUCUGUGAACUCUCUUCGACUUUCCAGCAAAAUACAACUUCGCUUUCAGCACUGUUAUCUUGGCUUCUCGUCCGGCUUUCUUCUAUAGGCUAUUUGAUUCCCCCUGAAAUUACUUGAGAUUUUGACCAUUAGGAGAAUGAAACAGCUUUAUCUACGGAGCAGAAGUCUCCGCCGCUUCUUCUCCUCCCCCUCCAGCCGGAGAUGUGCGGAGGAGAAUGGCUCCGCCGCCGCCAGGAGAAAUUCCGUUGAGCACGAGCCUGAGGCGAAGCCGGUGAGGAAGCCUACAUGGAGGUGCUUCUCUUAUGAAGAAAUGCACAGAGCAACCAACGGUUUUCAUCUAGAUAACUUGGUUGGGAGAGGAGGGUAUGCGGAAGUUUACAGAGGAGAGCUUGAUGACGGCCGGGUGAUAGCUGUGAAGAGACUAACGAGAGCAGUCACUGAUGAACAGAAGGAGAAAGAUUUCUUGACAGAACUAGGGACUGUUGGUCAUGUCAGCCAUCCUAAUGUGACUGCAUUCUUGGGAUGCUGCAUUGAUAAAGAUCUUCAUCUCAUCUUUGAGUUCUCUUCUCUUGGCUCCGUUUCCUCCAAUCUGCAUAAUGCAAAUUCAUCGCCAAUGGCAUGGAAGCUUCGUUACAAGACCGCCGUAGGAACGGCUCGAGGUCUCCAUUAUCUCCACAAGGGAUGCCAGAGAAGGAUAAUUCACAGGGAUAUAAAGUCUUCCAACAUUUUGCUUUCAGCAAACUUUGAGCCUCAGAUUUCAGAUUUUGGGCUUGCAAAAUGGCUUCCAUCAGAAUGGACUCACCGAGCAGUUGCGCCAAUCGAAGGCACAUUUGGAUGCCUGGCGCCUGAGUACUUCACCCAUGGGAUUGUGGAUGAGAAGACUGAUGUAUUCGCAUUUGGGGUUUUUAUCUUGGAGAUUAUUUCAGGGAGAAAACCAGUGGAUGGAUCCCACAAGAGCCUGCUUAGCUGGGCAAGGCCAUAUUUAAAUGAUGGAACAAUACAAUUGCUAGUAGAUACAAGACUAGGAGAGGAUUACGAUAUUGAUCAAUUGAAGAGGCUUACCUUCAUAGCUUCCCUCUGCAUCAGAGCAAAUGCAACAUGGCGACCUUCCAUGGCUGAGGUUUUGAAUCUUAUAGAAGGUGGAGAUAUGUCUUCUGAGAGGUGGAAGAUGCCAGAAGAAGAGAAAGAGGAGGAAUUCUGGGACUUGGAUGAUCUUGACGACUGUGGUACACCCACAUCAUCAUCAUCAUCAAUGGGAAGUUGAUAACUUACUAGUUUAUUUGUUCAAAUCUUUAUAGAUAAGACAAGUUUUUGUAUGUGCAUAAAAGAAUCAAAUGCAAAUGGAGAGGUGGAAGUGGAAACUUAAAUCAUUGGAGAGGAAAAGGAGGAGGAAUGUACAUAAAUCAACCAAUUAUUUGUAAUAGAGCGUGUUCUUGUUUUCUGCUA